AUGGAGGGACUCGGGGGUGGACCAACCCCACAUGAGUUCAUGGAGUACCUCUCGGAGUCGCUGGAGCCCCAGUCCCCCUUCGACCUCCUCGAGCCCCCCACCAUGGUCGGCUUCCUCAAGCUCUCCAAGCCCUGCUGCUAUAUCUUCCCGGGCGGGAGAGGGGACUCGGCGUUCUUUGCCGUCAACGGCUUCAACGUUCUGGUCAACGGAGGCUCCAACCCCAAGUCAUCCUUCUGGAAACUGGUCCGGCACCUGGACCGCAUCGACUCCAUCCUGGUGACGCAUGCGGGUACGGACAGCCUGCCCGGCGUCAACAGCUUGCUGCAGAGGAAGCUGGCCGAGCUGGAGGAGGAUCCGUCCCAGGGAUCGCAGGGCAACGGGGACUGGGCGAAGAACCUCAUCUCCCCGGAGCUGGGCGUUGUCUUCCUCAACGUCUCCGAGAAGCUGAAGGACAUCGAGGGUAACUCCCGUGUGCUGAAGAGCUGCGACGAGGCCGCCCUGACCUUGCACUACCUGGAGAAGCUGGGCAUCCAUCCCAACCCACUGGCCCGGGACAGCGGACCCCGCGCAGAGCCCACCGUCCUCUUCCAGAAGAUGGGAGUGGGUCGGUUGGACAUGUACGUCCUGAACCCCGUGAAAGGCACCAAGGAGCUGGAGUUUCUCCUGCAGCAAUGGUCGGGCAACAGCUACCCCAGGGAGCAGGACUUGCCCCUGCAGUGCCUGACCUCGGUCUGCGCCCUGCUCGUCUGGCACCCCGUCAGCCCCUCCGAGAAGAUCAUCCGCGUCCUCUUCCCCGGCUGCACCCCCCAGGGCCGCAUCCUGGAGGGGCUGGAGAAGGUGAAGCACCUGGAGUUCCUCAAGCACCCCGUGGUCACCAAGAGCGAUGCCACGGGCGCCCCAACUGAGAAGCCGCUCAAGCAGAGGAGGGCAGAGAGCAAGGCGAGCCUGAAGUCGGCUUCCAAGCUCAGCUUGGUGGAUGCCGGGGCAGCAGUGCCGAAGGAGAAGGCUCCGAAGGUGGAGAGGAAGGAGCCGAAGGCGGACGCAAAGCCGAAGCUGAGCAAGGAGAAGGUGGUGCCCAAGAAGGAGCCCGUUCCCCGGAAAGAGGAGAAGAAGCCACUGAAGAAGGACGAGGGAGCCGAGGGGAAGGGGGAGGCCAAGAAGGAGGUGAAGGCGGUGAAGAAGGAGGUGAAGGCUGAGACGCUGCGGAAGGACGUGAAGGAGAGCAAGGCAGAGGCCAAGGCUCCGGCCAAGACCCCGGCCCGGAAAAC